GUGUGUGUCCCUCGAAAAUUUUGUAGAAGAACAAGCUUGGGAGUUCAUUUUUACAAUGCUACAAGAAAAGGAUAUUGGCGAGGCUGGCAAGGAAAUCUUUGGUCCAUCUAGAAUUCUCACCGGUCAUAUUACCAACUUCGCUUGGACCCUCGACAGGUUUGAGUACAUGGAAAGCCUUCUGAUAUGGCACAUAGCCACUGAAAUAUGCUACGGAAAAGGAUGUCCAGAUAACAGCUCCAGCAGUUCUACUUCUACAUCCACUAAUUGUUUUGAUCAUCGAAAAAUAUGUAAGUUGAUUUCAGAUUAUAUGUUUUACCUUUUGGUAAUGGAGCCUACCAUGACAGCCACCUCGCCUAACAAUUUGAAGAUAGUUUUUAAGGCAACAGAUUUUGAUGAAAAAUGGGAGUGGCCAGGUUAUUGGAAGAAGGGAUCCAAAGAAACAUUCAUUAAAGAUCUACUGGAUAAGCUAUUGGAAGACGAAGCUGAAAUUGUUUAUAGAAAUCUAGAUCGAUGGAAGAAAGAUGUGGACAGGUUAGAACCCAAGGAAAAGGAUAGAAUAGCUGGCUUUCCGAGGAUAACCGUUGCAGGUUUUCUUGCCAAGGAGCUCCUCCAAUAUCAGUCCGGUGGUUGUCCGUGGGACUUAAUGAGUAGAUUUUGGGUAGAAAUAUUAUGCUAUGCUGCUAUUCAUUGCCAACCCAUUGUCCAUGCACGACAAGUAAGCAGAGGUGGACAAUUUCUCACCUUGGUUUGGUUGUUGAUCAAUUACUUGGGAUUAUCUCUUUCUUUAAAGAAUUUGGAGCCGCCAAAACCUCGAAUCUUAGGAAAGAACAGAUGACUAGACAGGUAGAGACAGCAUUGCAAGACCCUCGUUGGCCUCUUCUAUCCUUGUUCUUUCAGAAGGAACUCGUACACGAGUUGGAGAUCAUCUCAUCUACUUCAUAAAAUUGUCUGUCAAAU